AUUUCUGAUUCAAUGCUUCGAGGAUUUCUGGUUAAUGCAAUAUUGAAUAUAUAUAACUUCUAAAGUUUUGACAUAAGCGUUUAGCUCGUCACUAGAACAUGAAGCGAAUUCCUUCUAGGCCAAGUAAAAGUUGCAACGCUAUUCUUGGUAUAUCUUCUGGUAUUCAUUUAAUCUCUGGCCUGGCUGUUAUUGUUUUCCAGAUUCUGCUGAUUCACGCUAACUCACUGUACCAUGACAUAGGUGGAGGCCUAUGGGCAGGUCCAGUUUUCUUCAUUCAGGGUGUCCUUGGUUUUAUCUGUUUGUGUGAUGUAUUAAUGUGCAGUGUGGUAUCAUUUUUAGUAUCAUCUGUUAUUGGAGCGCUGCUAACUGUUGCGUUAGCAGCUAUUGCUGCUGUAGAUUUGGGCUCUAUAUAUAAAUGUCCCAAAGAGGACUAUAGAUCUUCCCCAUAUUACCCAGCAUACUGUCAUCCCAGCUAUGCUCCACAAAUUGUUCAAGCAUCAUGGGGAAUCAUAAUAACUUCAUGUGUACAGCUGGUAGCAUCUGCUUGUUCCAUCUACAUAUGCAUGACAAUAAUUUAUAGUACUGAUUCUUCACCAACACAAGCGAUGUCAAAUCCUUAUUUGUAUGAUGAAAUACCGUCCCCUCAUGAUACGAGAUUUCGUGGUUCCUUACAGUCAGCUCAAGAAAAAGUUCAAACUUUCCGUACUAAAUCUUCCUAUAGUCUAAAUUCCACGCUCCCAGUGCGGCGAAGCAAAUCGGUUGAUCGUUUUUCGGAGGACGACGAUUCUUUUUCUGAUCAAAAUAUGAUUAUGUAUUCAACAAACUCUGUCAACGUGGUUCCCAGCGGAGCCCGGUACAAAAAACCGUCUGCGAAAGUGGCUAAUGCAAAUUCCAUGUAUAAUGUGAUGUAUCCAUCUGGCCCCCCGAUUCGCAUAGCACCUCGACCUUCCUCUACUCGUUCAUUGAACAUGCAGGGUGAGCUACCAGGUCACAUGAAACAUACCGCCGUUUAGUUGGAAAGAGAGCUCCAAGUUUUGUUAAUCGGCAUGCACUUUUUGACCCGAGUCUGGUUCGUAAGUCAGAUUGACGGCCGUUGUAUUCUGCUAGUCGCGAAUUCCGUUCCACGUUUUUAAAUUAACAUUCUUCUCACAAUUCUCGUUCCUAUUGUUUUUAUCAAUGUUCUUUUUUCGUGCGACUAAAAACCGCUUCAUAUAUCAGGAAUCGCGUACUUAGCCAUGCUCAUGUAUCCUCUGAUGGAAUGUGAUUCAAUAGUGCCUAAUGACAAAUUUUAGUUUUAAUAAGUCUUUGUUAAUCCAAUCAACAUUCUGCAACUGAUCCUACAUCGACAACCACUUUCUUAAAUUGCUCAGCUUACAUUUUUCGUCAUUUGAAA